GGUGGCCUUUGAAGAUGUGUCUGUGAACUUCACCCAGGAAGAGUGGGCUCUGCUGGGUCCUUCACAGAAGAAACUCUACAGAGAUGUCAUGCAGGAAACAUUCAAGAACCUGGCCUCUAUAGGGGGAAAAUGGGAAGACCACAACACUGAAAAUCCAUACAAAAAUCAGGAGAAGAAUCUAAGAAGCCAUAUGGUAGAGAAACUCUGUGAAAGUAAAAAAGUUAGUCAGUAUGGAGAAUCUCUCAGUUCAAAUCUCAGUCUGACCAAGAAAACUGCUGGCGUAAAACCUUAUGAAUGUAGCGUGUGUGGAAAAGUCUUCCUGCGUCGUUCAUCCCUUACUAGGCACGUGAGGUCUCACAUUGGAUAUGAACUACUUGAGAAGCCAUAUAAAUGUAUGGAAUGUGGGAAAGCCUUUAGUUAUCUCAAAUCCUUUCAAAGACAUGAAAGGACUCAUGCUGGAGAAAAACCUUAUCAAUGUAAACAAUGUGGAAAAACCUUCAUAUAUCACCAACCCUUUCAAACACAUGAACGGACUCAUAUUGGAGAGAAACCCUAUGAAUGUAAGCAGUGUGGUAAAGUGCUCAGUUGUCCCAGUUCCCUUCGGAUACAUGAAAGGAUUCAUACUGGAGAAAAGCCCUAUGAAUGUAAAAAAUGCGGGAAAGCCUUCAGCUGUCCCAGUUCUAUUCGAAUACAUGAAAGAACUCACACUGGAGAGAAACCCUAUGAAUGUAAGGAAUGUGGUAAAGCCUUCAUUUCCCACACAAGUGUUCUCACCCACAUGAUAACACACAGUGGAAACAGACCUUAUAAAUGUAAGGAAUGUGGGAAGGCAUUCAUUUUCCCCAGUUUUUUAAGAGUACAUGAAAGAAUUCACACUGGAGAGAAACCCUAUAAAUGUAAACAAUGUGGUAAAGCCUUCAGAUGUUCCACUUCCAUUCAAAUUCAUGAACGAACUCAUACUGGAGAGAAACCAUAUAAAUGUAAGGAAUGUGGUAAAUCUUUCAGUGCUCGCCCAGCCUUUCGAGUACACCUGAGAGUACAUACUGGAGAGAAACCCUACAAAUGUAAAGAAUGUGGGAAAGCCUUUAGUCGUACCAGUUACUUUCGAAUACAUGAAAGGACACACACUGGAGAAAAACCCUACGAAUGUAAAAAAUGUGGAAAAACCUUCAAUUAUCCUCUAGAUUUGCAAAUACAUGAAAGAAACCACACUGGAGAAAAACCCUAUGAAUGUAAGGAAUGUGCAAAAGCCUUCAUUUCUCUAGAAAACUUUCGAAGGCACAUGAUAACGCACACUGGAGAUGGACCUUAUAAAUGUACGGAAUGUGGGAAAGCAUUCAUUUUUCCUAGUGCAUUACGAACACAUGAAAGAACUCAUACUGGAGAGAAACCCUAUGAAUGUAAACAAUGUGGAAAAGCCUUUAGUUGUUCUAGUUAUGUUCAAAUACAUGAAAGGACUCACACAGGGGAAAAACCUUAUGAAUGUAAAGAAUGUGGGAAAGCUUUUAUUUACCCCACAAGCUUUCAAGGACACAUGAGAGUGCAUACUGGAGAGAAACCCUACAAAUGUAAAGAAUGUGGAAAAUCCUUCAGUCUUCAUAGUUCCUUUCAAAGACAUGAAAGAAUUCACAGUGGAGAGAAACCUGUUGAAUGUAAGCAAUGUGGAAAAGCCUUCAGUUUGUCCACAUCCUUACAAAAACAUAUGAGAAUGCACACUGGAUGCAAACCCUAUAAAUGUUAGAAAUAAGGGAAAGUUUGCAGUUUUAACAAAUACUUUCAAAGUUGUGGAAAAUUGCACUGCCGAGAAGUUCUAUAAAUUUAAGUAAUGUGGAAGGCAAGAUGCAAGGUAAUUCAUGUACAGUCAAGUGCCACAUAACAUUUCAGUCAG